GGGUGCUCGGCGGUUUGGCGCCGGUGGAGGGAGUCCUUUCGUGCAGCUGCACUUCCGGUCGGCAUUUUGUUCUGUGAGGGAGAAGCGGAUUCCCGAAUAUCGCCGAAGUGGCGCGCCAGCCCGGAGCGGACUCGUCCCCCCCUUCCCUCCCGUGACCGCUCGGCCAGCCGUGUUGGUUCUUUCCCCCCAGGCCCCGGAGGGCUCUCGGCCUGCGCUGACUGGCUGCUUCCCGGGGCGGGGAAGGCGGCGCCUCCUCCUUAGCUUGUGUCGGGCGCUCGGGGCCUGCUCUGUGUCCGGGCAGAGGGUGAACGAACGAAGGAGGGGGGCAGGCCCGGGGAAGGAGGAGGAGGAGAACCGAUCCUUCCCCUCCCGCUCCCCCUCAUGUCCGGAUUAUCCUGCUUGGCCCGGAGACAUUGAGGAUCGGCUCCCCCCAGCGGCCCGGACUGGAGGCCGCCGCCAAAGCCCGCCGCUCAGUGUGUAGGAGAUGGGAAGUAAUGACAGGUGGCACUUCCAGUGAAAUACCUACAUAGAUUCCACCAUCCUACAGCUUCAGGAUGAAUGGGGAUAUGCCUCAUGUUCCCAUUACGACUCUAGCGGGAAUUGCUAGUCUCACAGACUUGUUGAACCAGCUGCCUCUUCCAUCCCCUUUACCCGCUACGACGACAAAGAGCCUCCUCUUUAAUGGACGAAUAGCAGAAGAGGUCAACUGCCUUCUGGCAUGCAGGGAUGAACCUCUGGUGUCACAGCUUGUCCAUAGUCUCAACCAGGUGUCAACAGAUCACAUAGAGCUGAAAGAUAACCUGGGCAGCGAUGACCCCGAAGGAGAUAUACCAGUCCUGUUGCAGGCCACCCUGGCCAGAAAUCCCAAUGUCUUCAGGGAGAAAAGUAUGCAGAACAGAUAUGCAGUGCAGAGUGGGAUGAUGAUGCCUCAGCAGUAUAAGCUUCCCCAGAAUUCCAUGCAUGGCAGCCCAGCAUCUACUAAUUAUCAACCAACCACUAUCUCUCAUAGCCCUUCCAGUCGAUUUGUACCACCUCAGACCAGUUCAACAAAUCGGUUUAUCGGCCAGCAAAACAGCCCUGUUCCUAGCCCGUAUGCUCCUCAAAGUCCUGCAGGCUAUAUGCCCUAUGCCCAUCCUGGAAGCUACACACAACAUCAGCAAAUGCAGCAAGCUUCUGUGUCCAGUCCUAUCGUGGCGGGAGGGCUGAGAAACCUACAUGAAAACAAAGUCUCUGGUCAGUUAUCGGGCAACUCUGCAAACCACCAUGCAGAUAACUCCAGGCACAGCACCAGUGAGGACUAUCUGCAGAUGGUACAUAGACUGGGCAGUGAGGAUAGUGAUUCUUCAAUAAGAAAUGCUGCCUCUUUUUCCCUACGAUCCCCACAGUCAGUAUGUUCUCCUGCCGGUAGUGAUGGGACUCCAAAAGGAUCACGGCCAUUAAUUCUUCAAUCCCAGCCUCCUCCCUAUGCCUCCCCACGAGACGCUCCUCCUGACAUACUGCUGGACUCACCCGACAGAAAGUUGAAAAGACAGAAAAAGUUAAAGAUGAGUAAAGAUGAGAAGGAAGCAAGUGAAAAGUCAGCUAUGUAUGAUAUUAUUAGCUCUCCUUCUAAAGACUCCACCAAGCUUACUUUAAGACUGUCUCGUGUGAGAUCUAAUGAAAUGGACCAGCAAGGAGACAUGCUUCCUGGCAUGGAGAACAGUAAUGUCAGUGAAAGUGACCCCUCAUUCAAUGAUCAGUACCCUGGGCACCCAUCAAAAACUCCAGUCACUCCACAGGACAUAAGUCGCCCUUUGAAUGCUGCUGCUUGUUUUCAAGAGCAGACUGAGUUCCUGCAAGUACAACAAGUGCCCGUCCUACAGCCCAACAUGUCUGCAAAACCGUCUCAACCUCCCGUGGCUCAGUCACAAACUCAACCAACAGGAAACAUAACGCCAUACGACGAAGUGGAACUGGAUGCUCUGGCGGAGAUAGAAAGGAUAGAACGGGAAUCUGCUAUUGAGAGGGAGCGCUUUUCUAAAGAAGUUCAGGAUAAAGAUAAACCCUUAAAAAAGAGGAAACAAGAUUCCUACCCAUUAGAAGCUGGAGGUGCUACUGGAGGAAACAAACCAGCUUCCCAGGAGGCAAACGUGGCAGGAAAUGGGUCGCGGCCAGCUUUAAUGGUUAGCAUUGAUCUUCUGCACACUGGCAGAGGGGACUCUCAGGCAAAUGUAACUCAGGAUUCAGACUUUGUAAAGAAGCCCGAAGAAGCAAAAUGUAAUGAUGGAUUUGUUCCUGUCGUACCAGAGGACCCUACUGGAGUUAUAAAAAAUGUCCCGGAAAACCAUCCGGAGACACCGAAAAAGUCAGAGUCUGAAACUGAGAAUACUGAAAAGCCCAUCAAGAGCACACCUGUGGAUUCCAGCGAAAAUGUGCAGGAGGAAUUGCAGGGAGAAAGUAAACCAUGUGACAUCAAAGCCGAGCCUCCUGAGAUCACAGAGGAGGCUAUGAUUUGUGAAGACGGCAAAAGUGAGGCCAAACCUGAAAUAUGUAAACGGAACAGCGAGGAGCUGGUAGAGAGUAAAGCAGUAGAGAGUAAAGCAGCAGAGUGUGUAAGUGAGGAUGUAAAAUCAGAGGCAAACCAUGGUGACAUCACUAAAGAAUCCAAACCAUGCGACCAGGAGGGGGUGGGGAAGGAGGAGGAGGAGGUGGUUAAGGAAAAUGAAAUCUGCAAUGAGACUAUUGAAGAUGAGAAUAAACCGGAAGAGAAACCAACUCCAAGUACUCCAAAGCUGCGUAGUGAAGGAAAGCCUGACACUCCUAAGCAAAAAACCGAGGGAAAGCCAGAGACGCCAAGACAAAAGAGUGAGAGUAAACAAGAACAAGCAAAGCAAAAGAGUGAGAGCAAGUCUGAACAACCUAAACAGAAAAGUGAUGGAAAGACUGAUGGGCGCCCAGAUAAUCCUAAACAAAAGACUGAUGGGCGCCCAGAUAAUCCUAAACAAAAGACUGAUGGGCGCCCAGAGACUCCUAAACAGAAGAGCGAUGGGCGCCCAGAGACUCCUAAACAGAAGAGCGAUGGGCGCCCAGAGACUCCUAAACAGAAGAGCGAUGGGCGCCCAGAGACUCCUAAACAGAAGAGCGAUGGGCGCCCAGAGACUCCUAAACAGAAGAGCGACGGGCGCCCAGAGACUCCUAAACAGAAGAGCGACGGGCGCCCAGAGACUCCUAAACAGAAGAGCGACGGGCGCCCAGAGACUCCCAAACAGAAGAGCGACGGGCGCCCAGAGACUCCCAAACAGAAGAGCGAUGGGCACCCAGAGACUCCGAAACAGAAGAGCGAUGGGCGCCCAGAGACUCCAAAACAUAAAAGUGAAAGUCGGCCUGAAACACCUAAGCAAAAGAACGAUGGCCGACCUGAAACGCCUAAGCAAAAGAGUGAGAGCCGACAAGAGAGUCACAAAAAAAGUGAUGAGCGCCAUGUCUUGACGAGACAGCGGAGUGAAGGACGCUCUGAAACCCCAAAACACAAACAUGACAACAGGAGAGACUCCCUCAGGCUCUCUUCCGAUAAGAAGCCUGAUUCAUCCAAGCAUAAAACGGAUUCUAAGCCUGAUUCUCCCAGGGUGAGAUCUGAAAGUCGCACUGAUGGGACAAAGUCAAGAGUAGACGGAAGGCCAGGCCACGAGUCUUCAAAGCGAGAUUCUGAGAAUCCAAAGCAAAAAUCUGAUGACAAGGGGGAUCCUUCAAAAGUUAGGAAGCCUGAGUCGCUAAGAUCUUUCAACAAAAAUGAACAGGAUACAAAGCAUGGGACUAAACCGGAUCCUUCGAAAACGGAUAAAAGUGAAAGAAAGCAUCGUCAUGAUUCAGAUGAAUCAAGGGACAGACUUCCUUCUGGAGAGCAGAAGUCAAGAUCGGGAAGCCCACGGGUUAAAUCUGACAAAUCUGACAAACCAGAUACAAACAAACCAGAUACAAACAAACCAGACACAAACAAACCAGACACAAAUAAACCUAAAUCUGAUAAGCCUGCAUUGAAAUCGCCCUCUGGUAAAGAUGGCAAAGAUGAGAAAAGGACCGAUGGUAACAAAAGUAAGGUGGAUGGCAAUAAGGGCCAUGGUGACAACAAGGCUGGGUUCCCAAGUUAUUUGUUGGGUGGGAAUCAGGGUACCCUGAAAAACUUUGUCAUUCCAAAAAUCAAACGGGAUAAGGAUGGUAAUGUUACCCAGGAGUCCAAGCGAUCGGAAUUAAAAGGGGAACAGAAAAUCCAGGGGGAUAAAGCGGGUUUUGUGGAAGAUAUUAAUAAAGGUGCUAAGCCUGUUGUGGUUCUUCAAAAGCUGUCUCUGGAUGAGGUACAAAAACUAAUUAAAGAACGGGAGGACAAAUCCAAGGGUUCCUUGAAGUCCAACAAAAACAAGCCAUCGAAAUCCAGCAAAGGGGGCAUUGAUCAGUCUGUCCUGAAGGAACUUCCUCCUGAAUUGGUAGCAGAAAUCGAGUCAUCGAUGCCGCUUUGUGAACGUGUAAAAAUGAACAAACGCAAACGCAGCACUGUAAACGAUAAACCUAAAUAUGCAGAAAUUAGCUCAGAAGACCAGGAAAGCGAAGAAGACUUUGAGCCCUCCAAAAAAAGACACAAAAAAGGAAAAGCGGACUCGGAAUGGAAAAUUGAGGAACGUGAAAGGCGAAGUUCUGGUGAUCAUAGGCGUGGUGGUAAUGAAAGGCGCAGUACUCGCUACAGGGAACGGAGUCCAGAAGAUUCUGACAUGGACGACUCUCCAACUCCAAGUCUAAGUGAAGUGGCUCGGAGAAUGAAGAAGAAAGAGCGACAGAAAAAAAGGAAAGCUUAUGAGCCCAAGCUGACACCUGAAGAAAUGAUGGAUUCCUCAACCUUCAAGAGAUUUUCGUCAGCAUUAGAAAAUAUUUUGGAGAACUUGGAAGACAUGGAUUUCACAACAUUUGGCGAUGAUGAUGAGCUCCCUGCAGACCUUCUUCUAGGCAAACAUCAGCUUAAUGAACUGGGCAGUGAAUCUGCUAAAAUCAAAGCUAUGGGCAUCAUGAAUAAGAUCUCUUCUGAAAAACUGGUCAAAUUGCUGGGGAUUCUUGAGAAGAAUAUCCAGGAUGGUUCAAAGCUGUCAACUAUGCUAAACCAUAACAAUGACACAGAAGAUGAAGAAAAACUCUGGCGGGAUCUGAUUAUGGAGAGAGUCACAAAGUCAGCUGAUUCCUGUUUAACAGCCAUUAACAUCAUGACCUCUCCGAGCAUGCCCAAGGCAGUUUAUAUCGAAGAUGUGAUAGAGCGUGUUCUUCAGUACACUAAAUUUCACCUACAGAACACACUAUAUCCGCAGUACGAUCCUGUCUAUAGGGUGGACCCUCAUGGAGGAGGACUGAUGAGUUCAAAAGCUAAGCGCGCCAAGUGCUCAACUCAUAAGCAGAGGGUAAUCGUGAUGCUCUACAACAAAGUGUGUGAUAUUGUGGCCAGUUUGUCGGAACUGCUAGAAAUUCAGCUGCUUACAGACACAACUAUCCUGCAGGUUUCUUCAAUGGGAAUAACACCUUUUUUUGUAGAAGGUGUCAGUGAGUUGCAGCUUUGUGGCAUCAAGCUGGUUACUGCGGUUUUUUCCAGGUACGAAAAACACAGGCAGCUUAUUCUGGAGGAGCUUUUCACCUCACUUGCCAGACUGCCGACAAGUAAAAGAAGCCUGCGGAAUUUUAGGUUAAACAGCAGUGACGAUGACGGAGAAGCCAUGUACAUUCAGAUGGUGACAGCGCUGGUCUUGCAGUUAAUACAGUGUGUGGUCCACUUACCAUCGGAUAGAGAUCAUGGAGAGGAAGAGUCCAAUAAAAAGGUUGACCAGGAUGUUUUUAUCACCAACUCGUAUGAAACAGCCAUGAGGACUGCUCAGAACUUUUUGUCCAUUUUCCUCAAAAAGUGUGGGAGCAAGCAAGCAGAGGAGGAUUACAGGCCGCUGUUUGAGAACUUUGUCCAGGACCUUCUGUCUACUGUGAACAAACCUGAAUGGCCAGCAGCUGAGCUCUUGCUUAGCUUGUUGGGAAGAUUGUUGGUUCAUCAGUUCAGCAACAAGUCAACAGAGAUGGCUCUUCGCGUGGCUUCGUUGGAUUACUUGGGUACUGUGGCAGCACGACUCAGGAAGGAUGCAGUUACCAGCAAAAUGGACCAAGGUUUAAUAGACAGAAUCCUCAAACAGGCUCCUGAAGGAGAUGAUGAGAUCCAACAGCUCCAAAAGGCUCUACUAGAUUAUCUAGAGGAGAACACAGAGACCGAUCCAGCACUAGUGUUUUCGCGGAAGUUUUAUAUAGCACAGUGGUUUCGUGACACUACAAUGGAGACGGAGAAAGCCAUGAAAUCUCAGAAGGAUGAAGACUCCGAUGGAGCACAUCAUGCAAAAGAGGUUGAAACCACCGGAGAGAUAUUGCAACGAGCGGAAAAAAGAAAAAAGUUCCUCCGUAGCAUCAUUAGAACAGCACCAUCACAGUUUAGCACUUUGAAGUCAAGUGACAUAGUUGACUAUGAUGAUGCUUGUUUGAUUGUGCGCUAUUUGGCCUCUAUGAGGCCGUUUGCCCAGAGCUUUGAUAUUUAUUUGACCCAGAUUCUGCGGGUACUUGGGGAGAAUGCAAUUGCAGUCCGUACGAAAGCCAUGAAGUGUUUGUCUGAAGUGGUAGCUGUAGAUCCAAGCAUUCUUGCCAGGCUGGAUAUGCAGAGAGGUGUGCACGGGAGGCUGAUGGACAACUCGACCAGUGUGCGAGAAGCAGCUGUGGAGUUACUUGGAAAGUUUGUACUCUGUAGACCCCAGCUUGCUGAGCAGUAUUAUGAGAUGCUCGUUGAGAGGAUUCUGGACACUGGUAUUAGUGUAAGAAAGAGGGUAAUAAAGAUCUUGCGGGAUAUCUGUUUGGAACAACCAACGUUUCCAAAAAUCACAGAGAUGUGUGUAAAGAUGAUCCGCAGAGUCAACGAUGAAGAGGGCAUUAAGAAACUAGUAAAUGAAACAUUCCAGAAACUCUGGUUCUCUCCAACCCCUCAAAAUGAUAAAGUAGCAAUGACCAGAAAGGUCCUCAACAUAACAGAUGUGGUUGCAGCUUGCAAAGACACUGGCUAUGAUUGGUUUGAACAGCUUCUUCAAAAUCUUUUAAAAUUGGAGGAGGAUGCCUCAUACAAACCGGUGAAAAAAGCCUGUACACAGCUGGUUGACAAUUUGGUAGAACACAUACUAAAGUAUGAGGAAUCCAUGGCAGAGACUGACAACAAGGGUGUGAACUCGGGUCUGUUAGUUGCUUGUAUUACCACUCUGUUCUUAUUCAGCAAAAUCAGGCCCCAGCUGAUGGUAAAACACGCCAUGACCAUGCAGCCAUACCUUACCACCAAGUGUAGUAAUCAGAAUGAUUUCAUGGUAAUAUGCAAUGUUGCAAAAAUCUUGGAACUAGUUGUGCCAUUGAUGGAGCACCCAAGCGAGACCUUCCUUGCUACGAUAGAAGAAGAUCUAAUGAAGCUCAUCAUCAAAUAUGGCAUGACUGUGGUGCAGCAUUGUGUGAGCUGCCUAGGGGCUGUCGUAAACAAAGUAACCCAAAACUAUAAGUUUGUCUGGGCGUGUUUUAAUAGAUAUUAUGGUGCACUUAUGAAAUUAAAAACUGAACAUCAGGAGGACCCAAACAGUACGGUUCUGACCACAAACAAAUCUGCUCUCCUGCGAUCGCUUUUUACUGUUGGAGCACUUUGUCGCCAUUUUGACUUUGAUCAAGAAGACUUCAAGGGUAGCAGCAAAGUAAAUAUCGCGGUUAACAUAAAAGACAAGGUCCUGGAGCUGCUGUUGUAUUUCACAAAGCAUUCAGAUGAAGAAGUGCAGACAAAAGCCCUCAUUGGUCUUGGGUUUACAUUCAUCCAGCAUCCUAUUCUCAUGUUUGAGGCAGAUGUAAAAAACCUGUACAAUAACAUCAUGUCUGACAAAAGCAGCUCAGUAAAUCUUCGAAUCCAAGUUCUAAAGAAUCUCCAGACUUAUCUGCAAGAGGAAGACACACGGAUGCAGCAAGCAGACAGAGAUUGGAAAAAACUUUCAAAGCAGGAAGAUUUGAAAGAGAUGGGAGAUAUUUCCUCAGGGAUGAGCAGCUCCAUUAUGCAGCUUUACCUCAAACAGGUCUUGGAGUCCUUCUUCCACAAGCAGUCUAGUGUGCGGCAUUAUGCUCUCAAUGUCAUCGCCUUGACGCUCAACCAGGGCCUCAUCCAUCCUGUGCAGUGUGUGCCGUAUCUAAUUGCUGUGGGCACCGACCCCGAGCCGUCCAUGCGGAACAAAUCAGAUCAGCAGCUGAUAGAGAUCGACAAAAAAUACACUGGAUUCAUUCAUAUGAAAGCAGUGGCUGGCAUAAAGAUGUCAUACCAGGUCCAGCAAGCUAUUAUCUCUGAUACAAAGCGCAUAGUGCGUGGGUUCCGGCAGGAUGAGUCCACAAGUGCCCUGUGCUCCCAUCUCUAUUCUAUGAUUCGGGGGAACAGACAGCACCGGCGAGCUUUCCUGAUCUCAUUGCUUAACCUCUUUGAUGAUGCUGCGAAAACGGAAGUCAAUAUGCUCUUGUAUUUAGCAGACAAUCUAGCUGGUUUUCCAUAUCAAACGCAAGAGGAGCCACUAUUCAUUAUGCACCACAUAGACAUUACAUUAUCGGUUUCAGGUAGUAACCUCCUGCAGUCAUUCAGAGAGUCAAUGGUAAAAGCAGGAACAAACAAGAAAAAAGCAAAAGCGCAAUCAUCAGAAGAAGAAGAAGAAGAAGAAAGUAGCAGUGAAAGCGAAGAGGAAGUUGUUCGGCCGAGAAAAACAAGGCGGCGAGCAGCAGCGGUAGUAGUAGCAGAUUCUGAUGACGAGGAUGAUGUAGAUUACGUCUUCAGCUGUCUGCCAAGUGCUUCUGCUCCUCUCAUUGAGUUUGCAAAUGCUUCACAAGGGAUUCUUUUGCUUUUGAUGCUGAAGCAGCAUUUAAAAAACCUCUGUGGAUUCUCAGACAGUAAAAUCCAGAAGUAUUCACCAUCGGAGUCAGCAAAAGUAUAUGACAAGACCAUCAACCGGAAAACGGGGGUCCUAUUUAGCCCUAAGCAAACGCUGGAGUAUCUAAAGAGGGAUAUGGCAAGCGCGAAGAUUAAUGACGACAUCAAGAGGAGUAUUGCAAAACAGUACCUGGAUUUCAAGCUGUUAAUGGAACACUUAGACCCUGAUGAAGAAGAAGAGGAAGGCGAGGUCUCAGCAAGCACGGAUGCCCGAAAUAAAGCCAUUACCAAUUUGCUUGGGGGUAACAGCCCUAAAAAUAAUGUGGCUGAGACAGAGGAAGAAGAAAGUGAGGGAGAGGAGAAAGCUGGUGGCACAUCAGGGUUAAGAAAAUCAAAAAGAUUAUCAGACACUUCAGACGUGGCCACGCAGAUGAAUGAAACCGUCGAAGCCCAGGAUCUUAUUGCAAUUUGUUGUCCGAAGUACAAAGACCGACCACAAAUUGCAAAAGUUGUUAAAAAAACCAGCCACGGAUUCAGUAUUCAGUGGAUGGCGGGCUCCUACAGUGGCACUUGGGCUGAGGCCAAACGCCGUGAUGGACGAAAGCUUGUGCCUUGGGUUGAUACUAUCAAAGAGUCGGACAUCCUUUACAAAAAAAUUGCUCUAACGAGCGGAAAUAAGCUGACUAAUAAAGUUGUUCAGACUUUACGAUCGCUGUAUGCAGCCAAGGAGGGAACUUCCAGCUAAUAAUAUGUUUGUAUAUUUGCAGCCAAAUUUACAGGAGAGCAGACAAAAAAACUUGAAAUAUCAACAUUCUGGCAAAAAUUUAAAGAAAGAAACAAGAAUUAAAACAAUUUUAUCGAGCGUUAAGGAUGGAGCUUAGCCGCCUGAAGGAAAUGUUUGGUAAACAUUGUUGUGGGAGCUUCCUUCGCUGUUGUACAGCAGAAACUUCUCAGUACAUUUUUACUCCCACUGUAUUAUAGUUUAACAAAAAUUUGUUUAUAUCUUGAAAAAUACUUUCUGUUUAAAAAAAAACAAACCAACAAAAAAAAUUACAAAAAAUAAACAAGUGAAUGUUGAAAAUUAGUCUGUUAAUGUUCUUAAUAAAGUGUUCUUGGAGUUUAACCUAGCAGCGGAUGGCUUUCUUUAGUUUAGCCGGUUUCAAGGGAAGUAUCGAAUUUUAUUUUAUUAUUUUUUUAUUUUGUUUUUGUUUGUUUUUUGUUUUUUUUCCCAGGCUGUAAAAUGGCAGAAUUUCCGGACGUAUAUAAUUUAUUCUGUUGGGGUUUUAAAAAAAAGCAUGCAGUAUCUAUGACCUAUCUGCAGGAGUUUUUUUUUUUUUUUACUUUUUUGUUUUGUUUUUUAUUUUAUUUUUGUAAAUGUAGAUUUUGAUGUAUAAGGUCACCCUGAAAAUACUCAAAGGGAUCCCGAGAAUACCUGCUGGCGACAAUACUGCAAUAAAUUUUUUUACUUCUUUGUUACCUGUCUGUUUCCAUUUGAAUUUCUUAAAUGUAAAGCUGUUUUAAGAACCAAUUAUAUUAUUUUGCAGUCUUUUAUGUAAAAGUUACGUUUUUGGACGCAAGACAUAAAAUAUUGUUUAUACAUUUUGUAUAGCCUGAAAAUAACCGGUAUCUUUAUUUUCAUCCCUUUUUAAAGGGCAUAGACACGUUUUAACUCCCGAUUUUAUUGUAUCUUGAAAUAUUUAGUGUUAACUAUAUGAUUUAGCACUGUGCCAAACGCCUUUUCAAGAAUGUUUGAUAUAAAAAGAAACUAGUUUAUUCCUUGUA